CGAGCCGGAGUGCUACGCUGCGCUGGUGCUGGGCGCCCCGGGGGCCAAGGUGCUGCUCGCCGGGGACCCCAAGCAGCUGGGGCCGGUGUGCCGCGCCGCGCAGCGUGGGGGGUGCUCCGAGGGGGCCAGGAUGCUGAGCCAGUCCCUGCUGGAGCGGCUCUGCGAGCACCCCAGGUGGCAGCACCCCGAUUCGCCGUGGGCAGUCCGCCUGAGCCGCAACUACCGGUCCCACCCUGCCAUCCUGGAGCUCCUCUCGACCACCCGGUACGACGGGAGCCUCAUGCCGUGUGCCAACCCAGAGGUGGUGCACAAGUUCGAGCGCCUCG